AUGUCAGAUAUUACCUCUUCCUCAUCGCCUUUGUCUGCUGCUUCAUCACCUACAAUAUUGAAAUUUUGUUGGAUAGACGUAACAAUUACAACUAUAGUAAUCAAAAUGAUGAGCAUUUCCAGCAUUUUAAACAAUGUAUCUUCUGAUAGAAAUGACAACGAAAGUAGUAAUGGUAAACUUGGUAAUGAUGAUAUCUGUAGUAGUGCUAGUAUCAUUGAUAAUAGUCUUACCAAUAGUUUUAAUAUAGAUGAAUUAGUAUUUUCAGAUGAUGAUCCAGAAUAUUUGAUGGAGAUUGAUACACUAAUCAAACGUAAAGAUGGAAAAAUCCCAUUCCUUGACAUGACUUUCAAUUUUAAUUGUGAUCAUAUCGAUCAACUAAAUAGCAACAUUAAAUAUACAACUGAUGAUAUCUUUUAUGGAUCUGAUCUUACAGAGAUUUAUAAGAAAAGGAAACUAGAUAAACCAGCACCAUCAUCAUCAUCACCAAUAACAAAACAAAAAAGAAAAUAUGAUAAAAACCCCCCUGAUUCCAAUGUCACAAUCGUCACAACUGCUGCUACAGCUACCACAAUACCUUUCCCCACCACGUCAAACAUUCCCAACACCACUGCCACUUUUACCUCAUCACAAUCUGAUGGGAAAAAAAAUAUUUUCAAAUGUAGAGUUCCCGGAUGUGAAAAAUAG